AUGAGCUCACCGCUGUCCACGCUGAGGAAGAACAAACGAGCUCCUCUACCAGACAUACAGAGUGAUGGGGAAAGAAAGCCUUACAAAGAAAGGUCAGAUAAUGACUAUGAAGCUAAAUUAUUCAGAGAUAUUUUUCCACAAAACCAGCCAGUGGCACACAUCACAGACAAUCUUUCCACUGUAAGAUCAAAGGUCAUGCAAAAGGCGGCGGCGAAAAAAGCUCCGCCGAGUGAUUUUGAACUUAUGUCAAGUAUGAUGCAGAAGAUCGUUCAGCUUGAGAGAAAGGUGAGAACUCAGGCUGUGGAUAUUGAGCAUAAGGCAAGAAGAAUAGCAGUUCUGGAAGAGAAACGGAAUCUUUUGCAAGAGGCAAAAGAGAAAUCUACAAGUAAUGAGAACCAAGAUGAAGAACUGGUUAAAUUGUGCCUCAAGCUUCAAAACCAAGUGUGGGAAAUGGAGAAGUUUCUGAAUGAUUAUGGGAUGGUCUGGGUUGGAAGUUAUGAAGAACAUGAUAAGCAGGCCAGCAGCCAUCUUCCUGGAGCAACUAAUGCACGCAAGAGUUUCAAAAUGAACUAUGACCUGGUCCUGCAGAACAUCCAGGAACUGAACAUCGUAGCAGGGGAAGGGGAGUCCCAUGUGACCGCUGUCCCUGGUGGGGCCAAACUUACCCAGCAGUCUUCCAUACCUCUUUGGCUCUACAAAAACGGCAUUGUCAUGUUCAGUGGUCCAUUCCGCUCCUAUCAAGACCCACGCACACAGGAAUUCAUGCAGGACUUGAUGGAUGGGUUUUUUCCUUCUGAGCUUCAGGAAAGGUUUCCUAAUGGUGUGCCCUUCCAGGUUAGUGACAAACGGGACGAUGAGUUCAUAGUUAGGCGACCAGGGACUGCGUUUCCUGGAAGAGGGCAAACUAUAGAUGGAGCAGGAAGGCAUUCGGUGGACAGUUCUGAGCAGACCAGCUCCACAGCGUCAAAACAGAGUCAGAUACCAGGCAAAAAGCUGUCCAUGGAACAGUUCUUGCGGAAGCUCCCAGAGACUGUGGUGAAGGAAGGCAAAGUGAUUAGUAUACGUGACUCCAUCAAGGCUCAUCUUCUGGGCUUUCCUGAUGGUGCCAAAAGUCACUCGGUGACUACUGUGGAAACAUCUACCCUGCAGGCCUUGAGAGAAUGUGAGACGGACUCUUCACUAUCAGCACAAGACGUCACCACACUACGACUGAAGUCUGAGGAUGGCAUGGAGACAUUUAUCAUGAGAAUGUACUUCACUGAGACCAUUGGAGAUCUCCGUCACUACUUGGACCUGAAAAGAGGACCGGGUGCUGCACUAUAUGACAUCAUUAGUGCAUUUCCACAACGGUGCUACAGUGAUGACACCCAGACGCUACUGUCCUGUGGUCUGACUCCAAAUGCAGCGCUGCUCCUGCGUCCACAAGCUUAAUCUCACAGACAGUGUGGAGACACAUAAAGAACAACAACCAUCAGCUCAUAACCAGUGAGCAUCAUUAAUGCACUUUUACAGUGAUGCUACAACAUUGCUGA